CCGUGUUUGUUUCGGUCACUUUGGGGCCCAGUCAAAAAGAGCUACAGUGAAAAAGUGAUUUAAAACGCACCAGCGUGGCUCUUCUCCUUACUGUUGAUGGUGAAGGGAAGUGAUCAAGGCUAGCGCAGCAGGCCCCAAACGCUGGACAAAACAGAGUCGGAACUACCCUCUGUUUUCCACUUAAUUGCCCGUUGGCACCACUGCAAAUGAAGUCAGUUUAGGUACCGGUCAAUGCACGUCAAUUUCGCCUACUGCUGCCUACGUAGCGACUUAACCGUGUGGUCGGCAGCCGAGUAAGCUCCAUCGACAGCUAGCGUUAGCUCUCGCGCUAACAACCCAACGUAUCCCAACCAAAUUAGCUUUAGCUCAAGCGCUGUCUCUUAGCUGACAUUGGUUAGCUACUACACAAGCAGUUGCACGUAGCGGUUACGUAUUUACGACUAACCACUCAAACAAAGAGCAUGGGAAUUAUGUUAAAUGUGAUUAAAGUACCUUUCGCUGUAAUGUAAUGUCUUAAAAAUGUUAAUAAUUUAGCUUAGCUGUCUAUUUUAGCCUACGGAGCUACUAGCCUUAGCAUCUUGAGACUGCUGAACAGAAAGCGGGGGUUUGAAACAAAACAGCAGUUAUUACAAAGGUGACACGAGGCAUGUUUGGUGCUAACAGGAAGAAGUUCAUGGAGGGGGUGGUGGACAGUGACUUUGCUGAUGAUUCCAGCCUCUACUACAGCCAACAGUCCAUGUUCCCCCCGCACCGCUCAGACAAAGAUAUGUUGGUGUCUUCUUCUGCUACUUCAACGGGUCAGCUGUCACAGCUGGGAGCCAGCUUAUAUGGUCCGCAGAGUGCUUUGGGAUUUCCCAUGCGUGGUCUGAACAGCAGUGCAGCUCCUCAGUUAAGUCGAAGUGGGCUAAACCAGUCUGCCAGCCAGCUCUCCAGUCACACCAGUUCAGCUAACUCUGGCUCACUGCACACGCCCCCCUCACCCAGCAGGGGGAUUCUGCCAAUGAGCAACCGGGGAGUUCUUAACCACAGCCAGCAGGUCGGAGGUCCAACAGGUCAGUCGGGAGGAAUUGGAGGUGAGAGGGUUGGAGGAGGUGGCGUGAGGAGUGGCAGCAGCAUGGGGAGUCCCAGCCGGUCGUCGCCCAGCAUCAUUGGAAUGCCCAAACAACAACAGAGCCGGCAGCCGUUUACCAUUAACAGUAUGUCAGGUUUUGGUGUAAACAGGAAUCCUGGCUUCAACUUAAGUAACUCCUUAUCCAACAACAUCUUCAAUGGAACAGACGGCAGUGAAAAUGUGACAGGUCUGGACCUGUCAGAUUUCCCAGCGUUAGCAGAUAGGACUCGGAAGGAUGGCAGCUCAAAUCCCACCCCACUGCCCAACCCGCUGGCCGGCCGGGCUCCUUAUGUUGGAAUGGUGACCAAGCCGUCGAGUGAACAGUCGCAGGACUUCUCUAUUCAUAACGAAGAUUUCCCAGCGCUCCCAGGGCCAAACUACCAAACAAAAGACCCCACCAGCACUAGCGAAGACAGCAAAACGAAUCUGAAUUCAUCAGGAAAACCAACCUCAAACUCAGAUGGUCCAAAGUUCCCUGGGGACAAAAGUUCUGUGCCCAGCAACAACAACCAGCAGAAAAAAGGGAUCCAGGUGCUUCCUGAUGGCCGUGUGACCAACAUCCCUGUCGGCAUGGUCACUGACCAGUUUGGAAUGAUCGGCUUGCUGACAUUCAUUCGUGCCGCAGAGACGGACCCUGGUAUGGUCCACUUGGCGCUGGGCUCGGAUCUUACCACGCUGGGUCUCAACCUCAACUCACCAGAGAAUCUUUAUCCUAAGUUUGCGUCUCCGUGGGCGUCGGCACCGUGUCGACCACAAGAUAUUGACUUUCAUGUUCCGUCAGAGUAUUUAACCAACAUCCACAUAAGGGACAAGUUGGCAGCCAUCAAGUUGUCUCGGUACGGUGAGGACCUGCUGUUCUACCUCUACUACAUGAGUGGAGGAGAUUUACUACAACUGCUGGCUGCUGUCGAACUCUUCAACAGGGACUGGCGAUACCAUAAAGAAGAGCGGGUUUGGAUCACCAGGGCGCCGGGAAUGGAGCCUACGCUGAAGACCAACGCCUACGAGAGAGGGACCUACUACUUUUUCGACUGCCUCAACUGGAGGAAAGUGGCCAAGGAGUUUCAUUUGGAGUAUGACAAACUAGAAGAGCGCCCUCACGUUCCCUCCACCUUCAACUACAACCCUGCGCAGCAAGCAUUCUGAUUGGCUCUCCCUCCCUCCUUCCUACCUGCCAUUGGCUCUCCUGGCUCGCCCAUUAACGUCCUGCCUAGGUUUUUCUGUUCACACCUCCACAAACGCACACACACACCACCACCAACAAUCUGGCUUUUUGGCCUUUUGAAGGAGCUGACCAUGUCACUGAACAGACUUCAUUUUUAACUUUGUUGUUUACCUCAUUUGGCUUUUAUCUUCUUGUUUUUAAGAUCUUAUUUUUAUUUCCAGUCCUUGUUGUCGCCUCCAUGGGUUGG